AUGAGUAUAACAAAACAAAGCAAAUAUGUUGGUAAUUUGGUCAAGCAUUUUAAAUCAAAUAGAAAUAUAAAAUUGGGUACCCGAAUGGAGCAGUAUAUGAGAUCACAAUUUACAUUCCUGGGCAUUCAAUCACCACAAAGAAAAGAUUUAUUAAAAUCUUUUAUAGCAGAUCAUGGGAGACCAAGCAACGAUCAAGAAAUAAUGGAAAUAUAUAAACAAAAAGAAAGAGAAUUUAAAUAUGUUGCAAUUGAAUUAGCAGCACACCAAAUAAAGAAAACUAGUGAUGAGAAUAGAAUUAAAGUUUAUGAAGAGAUGGCAUCGAUCGAACCUUUCUGGGAUACCAUUGAUAUAAUCGGUUCAAAAUUAGUUGGAGGUCAUUUCAAACUGUUUCCAGAUCAAAUUAAAGAAUAUACCACUGAUAAAUGGGCCAAUAGUGACUGUUUUUGGAAAAAAAGAAUAUGUAUUAUAUUUCAACUUACCUAUAAAAAAGAAGUCGAUAUAGAUCUAUUGUUUUCGUUCAUAGAACCCAAUAUAUACGAAAAAGAAUUCUUUUUACAAAAAGCUUGUGCCUGGGCUUUAAGAUCUCUCUCAAAGACUCAUCAUAAUGUGGUAUUUGACUAUAUGCAAUCCCAUCAAGAUGUUUCAAAUAUGGUUAAAAGAGAAGCAAGUAAAUAUUUACAUAAAAAGAAAAUUAAAGAUUAA